AUGGCCGAAAUCAAAGCGGCCGAACGACGCCAAUAUUCCUCUCAAGGAAGACCUGCAAAUCCAAGUUCACAAAGUCCGUUCCUUGUCACAACUACUGGAAUCCCUCAUGCAGCUGUAAAACCACAAAGAAGAGACGAUCUAUCUACUCAAAUUCAUCACGAAGACGAAACAAAAAAUCACUCAAAAUCAAAACAAAGCGAUUCCGAAACAGAGGCGCAGUCUCCUCGCAGGAGAAAGAAGAAGCGCAAAAGCCAUAAAGAGGAUAACAUAGAUAAAUCCAACAAUGGUCACGUUAAAAAAACCGACGAACUCGAUGUACACAAUCAAAAUAUCACAAAUGGAGAUGGAAGCGACCAGGAAAGGCCGACAACAAAGGAACGGAGGAGCAAGAAGAAACGCAGCGAAAAGAGACAUUCACAAGAUGAAACUGGAUCUGAAAAAGACGUUGUUGCAGAAGAAGCAGCUCAAUUAGAUAAUAUAUCGUCCAAGCUUCCGUCUCCUAAACAUAUAGAUCAAAGGAGCCAAGGUUUUGAGAGCGACAGCAAUGAAGAAAGACAAACAACCAAAGAACGUAAAAGAAGAAAGAAACGGCACAGAAGGAAAGUCGAGUCUCCUGUUUCGCAGGAAAACGAUGAGUCAGAAGAAGAUACUGCUGAGACUGCCGGGCCUGUUGGAACAGUUGAAUCUGACGAUAUACUAUCGAGACUUCCACCUCCCAGAAAACUACCACCAUUGAGAACGUAA